GCUUUUGAGUACCUCUUAGUUGUUUUCAAUAUGGAAAAUAUAAUUUCUCCAGAGAUCAUAUUACCAGGAUUUCGAUUCCACCCUACUGAAGAAGAGCUUGUCAACUAUUACCUCAAGGAAACUGUUCUGGGUAAAAACCUGUAUUGCGACAUCAUCGGUUUUCUUAAUAUUUAUAAUCAUUACCCUUGGGAUUUGCCAGGUAUGGCAAAGAUAGGGGAGAGAGAGUGGUACUUUUUUGUGCAAAGAGACACAAGGAGUGGUCAUGGUGGUAAAAAGCCCAACAGGACCACCGAGAGAGGGUAUUGGAAGGCAACUGGUUCCGACCGUCAAAUCAGGCGUCUCACUGAGCCUAAAAUCAUCAUGGGUCUUAGAAAAACUUUGGUCUUCUACACAGGGAAAGCACCGAAUGGGAACAGAACCGAUUGGGUCAUGAACGAGUACAGGCUCUCCGACACCUCCAUUCUUAGGGAGGACAUAGUACUUUGUAAGAUUUAUAGAAAGGCAACAUCGUUAAGAGUGUUCGAACAAAGAGCUGAAGAACAAGCCCUUUCCUCAUACGUUGCUCAAAAUAAUAACAUUACCGUGCCAUUGCCCCUGCAACACCAUGAUUAUGGAACAAACAUGGCGCAAGCUGAUAGUGAUGAACAUGGCCCUUCCUCGUACUCUGCAUGGACCACGAUGACUGAAUGUUUUACUCAGUAUGGACCUUAAUUAGAUCUCAUGCAAUGUGAUGAUUGAUGAAGUAAUAUUUUGGAAUAUUUGGCAAUGCAUAGUAGGAUAAUAAAGAUAUAAAAUGGCUGUAGUUAAGUUUAUUGUGACAUGUUCUUGUCCAGUUUUAACUCCCCAUAAAAUUUUACUAGUACAUACUUUUAGAUGCAUGUAUUGGGACAUGACAUCUAUCUCCACUACAAUUUUAGCCAUAAUUAAAGGUAUGGUGUAAAGUAAGAAAAGACAAAAAUCAUGUGCUGUUUUGGGUCGAAAACACCUAUUAUUUUUCAAAAGAAAAGACAUGAUAUUACUAUAUUAUUGUUUAGGUCAAAGAAGAACCUAUGAACAUAAACAAAAUAGGCAACACUACAAAGGGAUCAAGACGAAACAAAAACAUAUGAAAGCACGUGGGCUUAAGGAAGCGCAGCCUCAACAAAACCCCUAGCUUCUAAAAAUCACGAGAGUGUCAGGAAAUGUCGGGAAAGUCAAAAGCGAAGGCGACGGAUAUACUCGUCGUUGCCAUGUGACGCUCCCGGAAGGAGACCAUGCCACAACAACAAAAAGUAAUGUCAGUCACAAUGGAGCUGGUAACGGAGGAAGAGUCCACGAGCCUAUCAUAACGACUUCAACCACCAAUCAAAUAGGCUGGUGCAACAAAACCUCCGUCCAGCUCCAUCUGAUGGGGGCCAAAGAGAUAGUAGCACCAAACAAAGGGGGUUGCCGGAGAGGGAAAAAAGAGAGAGAAAGGGCUAAGCCCAACGCAUUAGUUUCAUCAUAAUAUAUGGUAGACUAUUUGACAAAGAAAUUAAUGAGCAAUUAAUUUAUGUUAUUUUUUUUCUGGUUUCUUACAA